AUGACAACUACAACUACUACUGUUAUUACAACAACAAUCACAUUUCAAUCAAUAUUCAGAGCUAAAUACAUUAGACAAUUGAUAUUCAAUCAGAUAGAUGAUAUACAAAAACAAUUGUUGUAUCGACCUAAUGCUCAAGCUAUUUAUUUUAAUUAUAAUAGUGAUGGUAGACGACGAUCAUUAGUAGUAAGAACACCGUUAAAAGGAAGAGAUAUCAUCAAAUUACCUCGACUCGAAAUGAUAUCAAAGUAUGCAAUGCCUUGGGAGUUUCUAUGUCAUUAUCUACCUAAAGAUUGUAAUCAAAUACUACUUAAUAGAAGAAGAUUGGCUAUCACUCAAUACUGUUGUCACCGUAAUGCAACAUUGGAUACACUGAAACAUCUAUUGAAAUGGUCGACUGACUUUGAAUUUAAAUGGAAGUAUUUGAAUGAUGCGGACAUAGAAGGAGAAGAUAAUAGAUUAAAAUUUAAUCAAGAUGUAUUAGAGUAUCUAAUCAAGAUAUCUCCUAAAAAGAAUGGAUUUUUAGACAAAGCAAUGGAUGUGGCAAUCAAGAAUAGGUAUCGUGUAUCAAUUGUAAAGUUGUUACACUCUAUCAAAGGUGUAAAACUCAAUAGCAAUCACUUUUACUUGGCUUGUAAAUCAUCAUCCAUUGAAAUAGUCAAGUAUAUACACGAUAGCGGGGUUGGAGAAUGUAAAAAUGCAAUGGAUAUAGCUGCAUUUAAUAGUUUAGAGAUUGUAAAGUUUCUUCAUUUAAAUAGAAGUGAAGGUGCAACAACCAAUGCAAUGGAAAACGCAGCUAAAUGUGGCAACAUUGAUGUGGUAAAGUUCCUUCAUGAGAAUCGUAGUGAAGGUGCAUCAACUAUGGCUAUGGAUUAUGCAUCAAUGUAUGGAUACUUUGAGAUUGUAAAAUAUUUACAUGAGCAUCGUAGUGAAGGUGCAACAACCAUGGCCAUUGAAUAUGCUGCACAACACGGCCACAUUGAUAUUGUAAAGUUCAUUCAUCAAAAUCUUUGUGAAGGUAUAGCAACGAAUGCUAUUCGGUAUGCAGUUCGAUACGGUCACUUUGAAAUCUUUAAAUAUCUUUAUAAAACUGAUCAUCAAACAACCAAGGAUAUACAUAUAGACGACGGUGCCAUAGUUAAAGGUGACAUGGAAAUGGUUACAUAUCUUGUUGAAACUGUCAAUGCAAAAUGUACAUCAGAGACUGUUAGAACAGCAUUACAAUUUGGUAAAUUGGAUAUUUUCUAUUAUCUUUAUGACCGUUUCUCUGCAGAUAGUAGUAUCUGGACAUCUAAUAUUAUGGUUGAGGCAGCUACCCAAGGUCACAUUGAAAUUGUAAAGUUUCUUCAUUUCAACAAACCUGAUCUAGAUGUUACAACAUGGGCUAUGGAUUUAGCAGCUCAAAACGGACACAUUGAAAUUGUAAAGUUUCUUUCAGAGCACCGUAGUGAAGGAUGCACAACCGAAGCUAUUGAUAGAGCCUCAAUGAAAGGUCACAUUGACAUGGUUAAAUUUUUACAUUAUAAUCGUACGGAAGGAUCUAGAAAGGCAUUACAGUAUGCUUGUUUAUUUGGGCAUGUAGAAGUGUCAUCUUUUCUAAUCAAUGUCAGAAAUGAGAAAUGUAAUCAAAAAAUAAUGUUGGAAGUAUUGUCGGGCCACUAUGAUGAUAUAGUCAAGUUGAUACUCCCACAAUUAUUAGGUGAAGAGGGAAUAGAAGCCACCCAAAGAGCUAUAAAACAUUUGAAACAUAGAUCCUGUUAUGAAACCAAACAAUUACUCAUAGAUCAUUUAAAACUACUCAAUGGUAGUAGUGUUGACAAUCAAAAACGAAAUAAUUAUAAUAAUAAUAAUCCUUUCAAGAAUCUGAUUGACUGGAUCAAGUCACCAAAAGACAACAAAACAAAGAAAUAG